UCCAACACCUCAUGUGUUGUUCUUCUUUGCCCACAACAAGUUUCAAUGUCUGAGUCUGAAUUAGCCUCUUGUGAUGAUCAAUCCCCCCCAUCCUCCACAUCAAGUACUCCAACCAUUCAAAUCGUCUCAAAGUCCUUCUCUGAAAGGCUCAUGGGGAAAUUCUUCGAUGCUUCUCAGUUUGAUUUUGUGUAUGAGCAAAGUGGUUUGUGGUCUCCUCCAAUAAGGAGGACUGUGUUUUUGGCCUCACCUGGUAACAUAUGUUCUCAAGAUGAAAUCCUGAGGAAGCUCAAGAAGGCAAAGAAGACAAGGAAGAGACCAAUUUCAUGCAUCUUCAACGCCUUUUGGUGCUCUUGAAGUUGAUCAUGGCAUAAAGAGUGCAUAUGCCAACCAUAGUCUCUUUUAGGGUAAAGUCGUGUUUGUCUCAGAAUAUAUAUGAUCCGUACUUUUCAAUGAGCAUGUGAGUACUGCUUUGCCAACUAAAUAUGUGGUCCAAUGUAAUCAUAACCUUAGGAGACCCAUAAAGUGAGAUAUUAUAUUUUAUAUAUAUAACUACUUGCAGUUAGUUCUUUA